AUGGAGGACGUGGUGAUUGCAGGCAUAUCAGGAAAGCUGCCAGAAUCUGAGAACUUGCAAGAGUUUUGGGAGAACCUGAUGAAUGGAGUUGAUAUGGUCACAGAGGAUGAUCGGAGGUGGAAACCAGGAAUUUAUGGACUGCCCAAGAGAAAUGGAAAGCUCAAGGACCUAAGCAAAUUUGAUGCAUCCUUUUUUGGAGUUCACCCCAAACAAGCUCAUACAAUGGACCCUCAACUUCGCAUGCUCUUGGAAGUUUGUUAUGAGGCUAUUUUGGAUGGAGGCUUUGACCCGUCCACCCUCCGUGGCACAGACACAGGCGUGUGGGUUGGUAACAGUGGGUCAGAAGCUAUUGAAGCCCUUAGCCAAGAUCCAGAAAAGCUUUUGGGAUACAGUAUGACUGGCUGCCAGCGUUCUAUGAUUCCCAACAGAAUUUCCUACUUUUUUGACUUUAAAGGGCCAAGCAUAGCUAUUGACACAGCCUGCUCCUCUAGUCUGGUGGCUCUGGAAAAUGCUUAUAAGGCAAUUCAUAAUGGACAGUGCAGUGCAGCCCUUGUAGGAGGGGUCAAUGUUUUGUUGAAACCCAACACUUCUGUGCAGUUCAUGAAGCUGGGUAUGCUUAGUCCUGAUGGUGCCUGCAAGGCUUUUGAUGCUUCAGGGAAUGGAUAUUGUCGCUCUGAAGCUGUUGUGGUCGUUUUUUUGACCAAGAAAUCCAUGGCUAAGCGAAUCUAUGCUACAGUAGUCAAUGCUGGAACUAACACUGAUGGCUUUAAGGAGCAAGGCGUAACAUUCCCAUCUGGAGACAUGCAGCAGCAGCUGGUCGUCUCUAUGUACAAAGAAUGUGGUGUCAAACCUGAAGAAGUGGAGUAUAUUGAAGCUCAUGGCACAGGCACCAAGGUUGGAGAUCCACAGGAACUAAAUGGCAUUGCAAAUUUCUUCUGCCAAAAUAGGAAAGAGCCACUGUUGAUUGGAUCAGUCAAGUCAAACAUGGGUCAUCCAGAGUCUGCAUCUGGGCUUUCUGCAUUAGCCAAGGUCAUUCUCUCCUUGGAGCAUGGGGUGUGGGCUCCAAAUAUUCACUUCAAUACCCCAAAUGCAGAAAUUCCUGCCUUACAUGAUGGCUCUUUGGAGGUGGUUUGUAAACCAACACCAGUGAAAGGUGGCCUUAUCAGUAUCAACUCUUUUGGCUUUGGAGGUGCUAAUGCUCAUGUCAUUCUGAGGCCAAAUAAGAAAAAAAGCAAGGCUGUGGAGACUCAAACCAUGGUAAGACUGGUUCAGGUUUGCGGCAGAACCCCGGAAGCUGUGGAAACACUAAUUCAAGAAAGCAGAAAACAUGUAGGAUGCAAUGCAUACCUCAGCCUGCUCAACGAGAUCUCUUCAGUCUCUGCAUCCUCCAUGCCCUACAGGGGCUACACACUGGUUGGCAGCGAGGAUGACAUACGAGAGGUUCAGCAAGUUCAAGCAUCUGGCAGACCACUCUGGUACAUCUGCUCAGGCAUGGGAACACAGUGGAAAGACAUGGGCGUGAGCCUUAUGAGGCUGGAUUUGUUCCGCCAGUCUAUCUUGCGCUCAGAUGAGGCUUUGAAGAGCACAGGCAUAAAGGUCUCAGAGCUGCUUCUGCAUGCAGAUGAGAGCACUUUUGAUGACACUGUCAAUGCAUUCAUUGGACUGGCUGCUAUUCAGAUUGCUCAGAUCGAUAUUCUGAAGGCAGCAGGUCUGCAACCUGAUGGGAUUGUAGGCCACUCAGUGGGAGAAGUAGCUUGUGGCUAUGCAGAUGAAUCCUUAAGUCAUGAGGAAGCCAUUCUUGCAGCUUAUUGGCGAGGACAAUGUGUUAAAGAGGGCAAAUUGCCCCUAGGAGGAAUGGCUGCUGUUGGUCUGACAUGGGAGGAGUGUAAGCAGUACUGUCCUCCAGGCGUGGUACCAGCUUGUCACAAUUCUGAAGAUACUGUUACAAUUUCAGGGCCUCUGGACACUGUGAAUGAAUUUGUAGCCAAGCUGAAGAAGGAUGGUGUGUUUGCAAAGGAGGUGCGCAGCGCCGGAGUCGCCUUUCAUUCCUAUUACAUGGAUUCCAUUGCACCAACACUCCUCAGGGCCCUGAAAAAGGUCAUUCCAUGCCCCAAACCUCGUUCAGCACGAUGGGUCAGUACCUCUAUCCCUGAAUCUCAGUGGCAGAGUAACCUGGCUAAGUAUUCUUCUGCAGACUAUUAUGUGAACAACCUAGUGAGUCCAGUGCUGUUCCGUGAAGGUCUGAUGCGUGUUCCAGAGAACGCUGUCACAGUAGAGAUUGCUCCACACGCUCUCCUCCAGGGUAUCUUGAGGAGGACUUUGAAACCAACUUGCACCAUCCUACCUUUGAUGAAGAAAGAGCAGAAAAAUAAUCUGGAGUUUUUCCUAACACAGAUUGGAAAGAUUCAUUUAACUGGGUUAAAAGUUCUUGGAAAUAACUUGUUCCCACUUGUGGAAUACCCUGUCCCAGUGGGGACACCCCUUAUUUCCCCAUACAUCAAAUGGGACCACAGCCAGGACUGGGAUGUUCCAAAAGCUGAAGACUUUCCAUCAGGUUCCAAAGGCUCUGCAUCUGCUUCCAUCUACGACAUUGAUGUGAGUCCUGGCUCUCCUGACCACUACUUGGUUGGUCACUGCAUUGAUGGCAGAGUCCUGUACCCAGCAACUGGGUACCUAGUCCUGGCUUGGCGAACUCUGGCAAGGACCAUUGGCACAGCCAUGGACCAAGUGGCUGUUACCUUUGAAGAAGUCACAAUUCAUCAGGCAACUAUCCUUCCCAAAAAUGGAUCAGUAAAGCUGGAAGUAAGAUACAUGCCUGCCUCCCACUGCUUUGAGGUAUCAGGGAAUGGGAAUCUGGCUGUGAGUGGUAAGAUUUCCCUCUUAGAAAGCACAGCUCUGAAGAACUUCCAAAAACCAGUUGACUCACAGACUCCAGCAGACAAGAGCUCAAAGUCUGGCCUCUUGAAAGAUGACAUUUACCAAGAGCUGCAUCUGCGUGGAUACAAUUAUGGACCAACCUUUCAGGGUGUUCUGGAAUGCAACAGUGAAGCAAACAAAGGGAAAGUUCUGUGGAAUGGGAACUGGGUGACCUUCCUUGACACCCUGCUACACAUAAUCAUCCUGCCUGAGCCUGGGCGCAGCCUGCGCUUACCCACCAGGAUUCGUUCAGUGCACAUUGACCCAAUGCUGCAUCAAGAGCAGGUGUGCCAGUACCAGGACAACAUAGAAGCUUUAGAUGUUUUUGUGGACCGCUGCCUCAAUAGUGUUACAGCAGGAGGGGUUCAGAUCAAUGGUCUUCAUGCUUCUGUGGCACCACGGCGACAACAGGAACGGACCGGUCCCACCCUGGAAAAAUUCUGCUUUGUGCCCUAUACUGAGAAUAACUGUUUGUCUUCCAGUGGUCAUCUUAAAACAUACCUGAACCACUGCAAAGGUCUGAUCCAGAACUUACAGGCCAAGGUGGCAGUGCAUGGGGUCAAACUAGUUGUCCCUGGACUAGAAAAUGCAGAGGCUGUUAAAAUGUCCUCAUCCAUGCAGAAGGGCCUUCAGCAUAUCCUUGAUGAAAUCUGCAGUCUGGAGCUGAAUGGAAACCUCCAUUCUGAGCUGGAACAGAUUGUGACUCGAGAGAAAAUGCACUUCCAGGAUGACCCUCUUCUCAAUGGAUUGCUGGAAUCGACAGAGUUGAGGACUUGCAUUGAUGUGGCAUUGGAAAACAUGACCAGUCGUAGGAUGAAGAUAGUAGAGGCUCUUGCAGGAAAUGGACAUCUGUUCCCUCAUGUCACAAAUAUCCUGAAUGCUCAGCCCGUGUUGCAGAUGGAAUACAUUGCCACUGACACCAACCAGAAAGCUCUUUCUGAAACAGAGAUACAAGAUGCUGGAAUUUCCUUUAGCCAGUGGAAUCCGGCUAGCCCCCCCUCUGGAAAUCUGACCAAUGCUGACCUGGUGGUAUACAACUACUCAACAAGUGGUGUAGGGAACACAGAGGAAAUUGUCCCUAAUUUGGCAGCUGCAGUGAAAGAGGGAGGCUUUCUUCUAGUCCACACCCUGCUUAAAGGAGAAACUCUUGCAGAAACUGUCAGUUUCCUUACAAGUCCAGAUCUACAGCAGAAACACAACUUCCUGAGUGAGGCACAGUGGGAGACCUUGUUCAAAAAUGCCUCACUGAAUCUGGUUGCCAUGAAGAAGUCGUUCUUCGGCUCAGUUAUUUUCCUGUGUCGCCGGCCAGCCCCUGCCAAAACCCCCAUUUUUCUGCCAGUAGAUGAGACCGAUUUUAAAUGGGUUGAAUCCUUAAAGGAGAUCUUGGCUGACCCCCUGGAGCAGCCUGUGUGGCUGACUGCCACCAAUUGUGGGAACUCGGGAAUUUUGGGAAUGGUGAACUGCCUCCGCCUUGAAGCAGAAGGCCACAGAAUCAGGUGUGUGUUUGUUUCCAACUUGAACCCUUCAUCAGCUAUCCCACCCCUGAGUCCUUCUUCCUUGGAGAUGCAGCAGAUUGUUCAGAAGGACCUGGUGAUGAAUGUAUAUCGUGAUGGGAAGUGGGGCUCCUUCAGGCAUCUCCCAUUGCAGCAAGCACAACCUCAGGAGCUGACAGAAUAUGCCUAUGUAAAUGUGCUGACUCGUGGAGACCUCUCCUCUCUCCGCUGGAUCGCCUCCCCGCUUCGACACUUCCGGUCAACUGCUGAUGUUCAACUCUGCAAAGUCUAUUACUCAUCUCUCAACUUCCGUGACAUUAUGCUGGCCACAGGAAAGCUUCCUCCUGAUGCUAUCCCUGGUGACUGGGUUUUGCAGCAGUGCAUGCUGGGUAUGGAGUUCUCAGGACGGGACCUGUCUGGAAGGAGGGUGAUGGGACUGCUGCCAGCAAAGGGGCUGGCUACAGUGGUAGACUGCCACAAGAGGUUUCUAUGGGAGGUGCCUAAAAACUGGACUCUGGAAGAAGCAGCUACAGUGCCUGUGGUUUAUGCCACUGCUUAUUAUGCUUUGGUGGUUCGAGGUGGUAUAAGGAAGGGUGAGAGCAUCCUCGUCCACUCUGGCUCAGGAGGUGUGGGCCAAGCAGCCAUUGCCAUUGCCCUCAGCAUGGGCUGCCGUGUCUUUACUACUGUAGGCUCCACUGAGAAACGUGAGUAUCUCCAAGCAAGAUUCCCACAGCUGGAUGCCAGUAGCUUUGCCAGCUCCAGAAGUACUGCCUUUGAGGAACAUGUGCUGCGAGUUACCAAUGGAAAAGGUGUCAACAUUGUGUUGAAUUCCUUGGCAGAAGAGAAGCUCCAAGCCAGUUUGCGUUGUCUUGCUCGACACGGCCGCUUCUUGGAAAUAGGCAAAUUUGAUCUGUCAAAGAACAGUCAGCUUGGAAUGGCUCUCUUCCUCAAGAAUGUGUCAUUUCAUGGGAUACUACUGGAUGCAGUCUUUGAGGAUGGAAGCCAGGACUGGGCAUUAGUAUCAGAGCUGUUGACAAAAGGCAUAAGAGAUGGUGUAGUAAAGCCCUUGAAGCGUACAGUCUUCAACAAAGAAGAGGUGGAAGCUGCCUUCAGGUUCAUGGCACAAGGAAAACAUAUUGGCAAAGUUAUGAUUAAGGUCCAAGAAGAAGAAAAAGAAUAUCCUUUAAGAAAAUUUGAACCAGUUAAAAUCCCUGCCAUCUCCCGAACCAGCUGUCCACCUACCAAGUCUUACAUCAUCACAGGGGGCCUAGGAGGAUUUGGGCUUGAGCUGGCACAGUGGCUAGUUGAGAGAGGAGCACAGAAGCUUAUACUGACAUCCCGUUCUGGCAUACGAACUGGCUACCAGGCUAAAUGUGUGAGAGAGUGGAAGGCACUGGGAGUCCAAGUGUUGGUGUCUACCAGUGAUAUUGGAACACUAGAAGGAACACAGCGAUUGAUAGAAGAAGCUUUGAAGCUUGGCCCAGUUGGAGGCAUCUUUAAUUUGGCUGUGGUCCUUAGAGAUGGCAUGAUUGAAAAUCAGACCCCAGAAUUAUUCUCAGAGGUCAACAAGCCCAAGUAUUCAGGCACCCUUCAUUUGGAUUGGGUGACUCGUAAGAAGUGUCCAGACCUGGACUAUUUUGUUGUGUUCUCCUCUGUAAGCUGUGGAAGAGGAAAUGCUGGGCAAAGUAAUUAUGGCUUUGCCAAUUCUACCAUGGAACGUAUCUGUGAGCAGCGACAGCACGAUGGACUCCCAGGCCUGGCAAUCCAGUGGGGAGCCAUUGGUGACGUGGGUAUCCUUCUGAAGACAAUGGGAAACAAAGAGAUUGUCGUUGGGGGAACCAUUCCCCAGCAAAUCAGCUCAUGCUUGGAGGUGCUGGAUACCUUCCUGAAUCAGCCUCAUCCUGUCAUGUCCAGUUUUGUGCUAGCAGAGAAGGUCUCAGUGAAAUCUGAAGGAGGCAGUCAGCGGGAUCUUGUAGAGGCCGUGGCUCACAUCCUGGGUGUCCGUGAUGUGGGCAGUCUGAAUGCUGACAGCUCCUUGGCAGACUUGGGCUUGGAUUCAUUGAUGGGUGUGGAGGUGCGGCAGACACUGGAGAGAGACUACGACAUCGUUAUGACCAUGAGGGAAAUUCGACUGCUUACAAUCAACAAACUGCGAGAACUUUCCUCCAAGACUGGGAAACCAGAAGAGAUGAAGCCAUCCCAAAUGAUGAAGGCAGGCCCAGGUGAACCUCCAAAACUAGAUUUGAACAACUUAUUGGUGAACCCAGAUGGACCAACAGUCACUCGUCUCAAUGAUAUUCAGAGCUCAGAGCGUCCUCUGUUCCUCAUUCACCCCAUUGAAGGCUCCAUUGCAGUCUUCUACACUCUUGCCUCCAAACUUCGUGUACCCUGCUAUGGGGUCCAGUGCACAAAAGCUGCGCCGGUGGACAGCAUACAGAGCCUGGCAACCUACUACAUUAGCUGCAUGAAGCAGAUCCAGCCUGAAGGACCCUACCGCAUCGCUGGAUACUCUUUUGGUGCCUGUGUAGCCUUUGAAAUGUGCUCCCAACUGCAAGCACAGCAAAAAGGUUCCCAUGCACUCAACAGCCUGUUUCUCUUUGAUGGGUCUCCUUUCUUUGUGGCAGCAUACACUCAGAGCUACAGAGCCAAGCUGUCAGAGGGAAGUGAGAGUGCAUUGGAGGCUGAAGCAUUGUGUGCCUUUGUCCAGCAGUUUACAGGCAUUGACUACAAUAAGCUGCUGGAAGUUCUUCUGCCCCUAAAAGAUCUGGAGGCUCGUGCAAAUGCUGCUGCAGACCUGAUAGCUCGAGUAUAUACAAACAUCAAUCGUGAAGCACUCAUCUUUGCUGCUGCUUCCUUUUACUAUAAACUGAAGGCUGCUGACAUGUACAUACCAGAGUUCAAGUAUCAUGGGAAUGUGACACUGAUGCGGGCAAAGUCUAACAAUGAGUAUGAAGAAGGUCUGGGUGGAGACUACAGACUCUCAGAGGUAUGUGAUGGGAAAAUAUCUGUCCACGUCAUUGAAGGAGAUCACCGCACCUUACUGGAGGGAAAUGGUGCUGAGUCAAUUAUUGGCAUCAUCCACAGCUCACUGGCAGAGCCACGAGUCAGUGUCAGAGAGGGUUAA